AUGCUCGACUCGUUGUUUGGCGUUUCUCUUGAAUGGGAAGGAAGAUCUGCCAGAUACAUUACGAAGCCCAACCCGGAAAAGGAGAUGAGCGAAACCCCCUACGCGGCGGGAAGUUUGGCGGAGAGGGAAUCGGUCACAUCCAAAUUCCAACUUUCCGGGAGUUCUUAUUCCAAUCAAGGUGAAAAAAAGCAACUGGUUGGAAUGAUAUUUCUUGAGCUCCGAGAACUCCCGACCAACCCAUUUGUGGUUCCUUUUGUGACUGGCGGGCGCGGGAUGCUGGAAGAAAUGGGAAAUGUCGGGAUGACAGUGCAGGCAGCCGGUUGGUUGGUUGGGGACCCCAAUCUGCAUGAUACUAGCGACUAG